AUGAUCCUCUCCGGAAUCACCGCACACAUCGGUACACCCGGGCUUGGCAUGUAUUGCGCAGCUGGUUGGGCACUCGAGGGCUUUUGCGAUAGUCUUGCUUACGAGAUCGCGCCGUUCAAUGUCAAACUCACAAUCUUCCAGUGCAGUAUCGAGAUAGGGAUUCUCACGAACCUCGUCACAAGUGUCCCUCCCAUCAUUCCCGCAUACUCGUCCGCAAAUAAUCCCGCGCCUCUGUUCCGUGGAAUCCUAAACCGACUUAUACCUCGCCUACCAAAUCCAGUUGGGGGAGACGGUCCCCAUGAUCCUAGCCAAGCUAGUUCUGCUGAGGAUGGACCCUUCUCCGGCCCGGAAGUCCUAUCGACAUACCCCCCGCUUAGUUCCGCGCACAUGGAAGUCCUAGUUGCGGAAACUGUAUAUGCUAUUACGGCUAUUGGUGGCCAUGAAAAUCCACCUUCACGGCACAUCGUCGGACAGGAAGGUGUUGCCAGUGUCAAGGAGAAACUGAAAACAGUCAGCGAGGAACUGGAAGAUUUCAUCCAGUCCAGCUUUGCUGUUGACUACGCGGCCGAUGGAGACCCAAGCCGACACACUAGAGAAGACCAUACGGGGGUAGCAAGCAAUGAAGCAGUUUAA